AAGGGUAAUGACAAGGUCGUCCCUGGACUUUAUGCUGCUGGGGAGGCUGCCUGUGUGUCCGUCCACGGCGCCAACCGUCUCGGUGCCAAUUCUCUACUCGACAUCGUCGUUUUCGGUCGCGCUUGUGCUCACCACAUUCGCGACACUCUGGAGCCGGGAACACCUCACAGGGAACUCCCCUCAGACGCAGGAUCAAAAUCCAUUGCGAACCUCGAUAAACUUCGCAAUGCCAAUGGUACAAAGACUACUGCUGAGAUCCGUUUGAACAUGCAAAAGGCAAUGCAAAAAGAUGCGGCAGUAUUUCGAACAAAAGAAUCAUUGGAAAAUGGUGUUGUAAACAUCGAUUCAAUCUGGCAAACCUUCAAGGAUGUUAAAGUUUCUGACCGCUCUAUGAUUUGGAAUUCUGAUUUAAUCGAGACCCUGGAGCUUCAAAAUCUGUUGACCAAUGCCGCUCAAACAAUGCAUUCCGCGUCAGCUCGUGAGGAGUCUCGUGGCGCUCACGCAAGAGAAGAUUUCAAGGAACGUCUGGACGACGAAUGGAUGAAACAUACGUUAUCCUGGCAGGAUCAAGAAACAGGUCAAGUCAAGUUAAGUUAUAGGGCUGUCGCUCACAAGACUCUGGACGAAAAAGAGUGCCCCAGCGUUCCUCCUAAGGCUAGAGUUUACUAG